UAAUCAAAACCCAAGUUGACAAUUUCAUUGCAAGCUUACACUGACUUGUCCUGCCAAGACCCAAGAAGGCAAAGCAAUUCAUUAACUUGGUCUGUCUCAUAACAUUCAAUGCCCAACCUUUUCCAUUAAAGAAAGACCCUUCUCUUCUCUUGUUUUCUAUUUUAAUGAGGUCUUGAAGCUUCCCUGUUUGUUCCCAGGGAAGAAAAAAAACCAAAACAGGCAGUUGUUUUUCUCUUUCUUUUGAUUGGUUUAAUCUCAGAGAGGUAUGUAAGAGACUCAUACUUUCAUACAUGCUUCGUCUUUCUGUAUUGAUUCAUGUAUGUCUAUGCAUAUUUCAAACCAGAUUUCUAAGACUUUUGAUCAAUAUUUGACUACGUGAGAGUGAAGAGAGAUGAAGCUAGAUGGGUUCUUGUCUGGGUAGUUUAUUUGGGUCCUUGAAUGCAAAUUCUGGGUAUUUAUCAUCUUGGUCUUUUGUUUGAUUGCUAUGGAGAGAGUAUCAUAUACUUUGUUCACCAUUUUUCUUCUUGUGGCUGCCUUUUCGGUUCAUAAGUCAUUAGGGCUUAACAGAGAGGGUCAAUUACUGCUGGAUAUUAAGAGCAAAUUUGUGGACAUGUCCAAUCAUUUGGGUAAUUGGAAUUCUGAUGAUCUUAAUCCGUGUGGAUGGAAAGGUGUGAAUUGCACAACCCUUGAUUACAAUCCGGUGGUUUGGUAUUUGAAUUUGAGUUCCAUGAAUCUUUCUGGUUAUUUGUCGCCCAGCAUUGGUGGAUUAGUUCAUUUGACUUAUCUUGAUCUUUCUUUUAAUAACUUGUCGCGGGGAAUACCUAAAGAGGUUGGCAAUUGUUCGAGUUUGGAAGUUCUUAAUCUGAACAACAAUCGAUUUGAAGCCCAAAUUCCCAAAGAGUUGGGUAGACUUUCUUGUUUAGGGAUCCUGAAUAUAUGCAACAACAGAAUAUCUGGGCCUUUCCCAAGUGAGAUUGGAAAUAUUUCUUCUUUGUCUCAAUUGGUUGCUUACAGUAAUAAUAUCAGCGGUUCCUUGCCACGAUCAUUUGGAGACCUUAAAGAAUUAAGGACUUUUCGAGCAGGACAGAACUUGUUAACUGGAAGCUUACCAUCCGAGAUUGGUCAAUGUGAGAGCUUGGAGUAUCUUGGUCUUGCACAGAACAUGUUGAAUGGUGAAAUACCAAAAGAGAUUGGAAUGCUCAAGAAUUUAACGGAUUUGAUUCUCUGGCAAAAUCAGCUUUCCGGGUUCAUUCCCAAGGAGCUUGGCGACUGUACAAGUUUGGAAACGCUUGCUCUCUAUGACAACAAUCUUGUGGGACCAAUACCCAGUGAGCUUGGAAACCUUGCAUAUCUAGAGAGGUUGUACAUUUACAGAAACGGGUUGAAUGGAAGUAUUCCACAAGAGAUUGGAAACCUAUCUUUAGGAUUGGAGAUUGAUUUCUCUGAGAAUUCAUUGACUGGAAACAUACCAGUGGAGCUUAGUAAGAUUUCCGGGUUGCGUUUGCUUUAUCUUUUUGAGAACCAGCUCACAGGAGUUAUCCCAGAUGAGCUCACCACUUUGACAAAUUUGACGAAGCUCGACCUGUCACUUAAUAAUCUUACAGGUACUAUUCCUGCGGGGUUCCAAUACUUGACGGAGUUGCUCAUGCUACAGCUCUUUGACAACUCAUUGAGUGGAAUCAUUCCUCAAGGGCUUGGGGUUUAUAGUCCACUUUGGGUUGUUGAUAUAUCGGAAAAUUAUCUAACAGGAAAGAUUCCGCGCCAUCUAUGCAGAAAUUCUAACCUUAUUUUGUUAAACCUGGGAUCCAACGAGCUCGCCGGUAAUGUACCAACUGGGGUCACAAACUGCAGAACACUGGUGCAGCUUCGUCUGACUGGAAACCGUCUGACUGGGAGUUUUCCUUCUGAUUUGUGCAAAUUGGUGAACUUGUCUGCUGUUGAACUAGACCAGAACAGUUUCAGCGGGCCGAUUCCUCUAGAGAUUGGUCAAUGCCAGACUUUGCAAAGGCUUCACCUUUCAAACAAUUACUUCACAGCUGAAUUGCCAAAAGAGAUUGGCAGACUUUCUAAGUUGGUAACCUUUAAUGUCUCAUCUAAUUUUCUUACUGGAACCAUACCACCUGAAAUUUUCGACUGCAAGAUGCUUCAACGACUUGAUUUUACUCGUAACAAUUUUGUGGGUGUCUUACCAAGCGAGAUAGGAACUCUUUCCCAGUUGGAGCUUCUCAAGCUUUCAGAGAAUAGGCUUUCCGGGACUAUCCCUGUUGCUUUAGGGAACCUCUCACGUUUGACUGAGCUACAAAUGGGUGGCAACUCGUUUUCUGGAAAUAUACCAGAUGCAUUGGGUAACCUUUUAAGCUUGCAGAUUGCUUUAAAUAUCAGUUACAAUAGCCUCUCUGGAGCGAUCCCUUCUGAGCUCGGAAAUCUUGUUCUACUGGAGUACCUUCUGCUCAACAACAACCAAUUGACUGGUGAAAUCCCUGGCUCAUUUGGGAGCCUGUCAAGCUUGUUUGGAUGUAACUUCUCUUACAAUAACUUAACAGGGCCGCUUCCAUCCUUUCCGCUCUUCCAAAACAUGGCUGCCAGCAGCUUUGUUGGGAACAAAGGGCUUUGUGGCGGGCAUCUUCCUCGGUGCAAUGAGUCUCCUUCUUUGUCCUCUCUUCCUCCGGAUAAUGAGGGGCGACAUACUCGUAUUGGUAAAAUUGUUGCCAUAAUUUCAGCUGUUAUAGGAGGUAUUUCCCUCAUUUUGAUUGUAGUUAUCAUAUAUUUCAUGAGACGUCCAGUUGAAAUAGUGGCUCCUUUACAAGAGAAACCAUCAUCUACUCCAGUUCCGGACAUCUAUUUUUCUCCAAAGGAAGAAUUCACUUUCCAAGACUUGGUUGUGGCCACUGACAACUUUGAUGAUGCGUUCGUAAUUGGACGUGGUGCUUGUGGAUCUGUAUAUAAAGCGGUCUUGCCAACCGGUCAUACGAUUGCUGCUAAGAAGCUAGCAUCUCACAGGGAGGGGAGCAAUAAUAAUGUUGAUAAUAGCUUUCAUGCAGAGAUUUCGACUUUGGGAAAGAUCAGGCAUAGGAACAUUGUGAAGCUAUAUGGUUUCUGCCACCACCAGGGAUCCAAUCUACUUCUUUACGAGCACAUGGAGAGGGGUAGUCUUGGUGAGUUGCUUCAUGGAGCAUCUUGUACCCUUGAUUGGCCAACGAGGUUUAUGAUUGCCCUCGGAGCAGCUCAGGGUCUUGCUUACUUGCAUCAUGAUUGCAAGCCUAAGAUUUUUCAUCGCGACAUAAAGUCCAAUAACAUCCUGCUCGAUGAGCGGUUUGAAGCUCAUGUUGGGGAUUUUGGGUUGGCAAAGGUCAUCGACAUGCCACAAUCUAAAUCAAUGUCAGCUGUUGCAGGUUCUUACGGCUACAUUGCUCCAGAGUACGCGUACACCAUGAGAGUUACAGAGAAAUGCGACGUAUAUAGCUAUGGAGUUGUCCUAUUGGAGUUGCUGACAGGUAGAACACCAGUACAGCCAUUAGACCAAGGUGGUGACCUUGUAACACUGGUGAGAAAUUAUGUACAGAAACAUUCAUUGUCAUCCGGAAUACUUGAUCCUCGUCUUGAUCUGCAAGACGAAGCUAAUGUUUCUCACAUGAUUACUGUGACAAAAAUUGCUUUGAUGUGUACAAGCAUGUCUCCAAAUGAACGGCCAACGAUGCGGGAAGUCGUUUCCAUGCUUAUUGGAACCAGUCAAAAUGAAGGAACCUCCGAUUCUUCUCGGUCGAAUCAAGGACAAUCUGAUUCGUCUAGGAGCAACGAUACUGAUUCGAAUAAUGAACCUUGAUGUAGAUUUGUGGUGAAUGAUCAUAUGAUUAACCAGGAUGAUUGUUUAGUAACUCACUAAUUCAUCCUCAUAUAUAAAGUUCCAACCAGAGUAUAUAUUCUGCCAUAUGCACUGGCUUUGUACA